AAAAAAAAGACAGAAAAAAAAAAAAACAAAAAGAAAAACGACGGCAGCCGCGCAGCGCGAGGAACCCGAGGGCCGCAUGGUGCUGCCGUGAGCGGGGCGGCGCGGGGCCGGGAGGCGGCGGGAGGAUGAAGCGGCGGAGCGCGGACUGCAGCAAGCUGCGGCGGCCGCUCAAGCGGAACCGCAUCGCCGAGGGCAUCUACGGCAGUACUUUCCUGUACCUGAAGUUCCUGGUGGUGUGGGCACUGGUACUGCUAGCAGACUUUGUCCUGGAGUUCAGGUUUGAGUAUCUGUGGCCCUUCUGGCUCUUCAUCAGGAGCGUUUACGAUUCCUUCAGAUACCAGGGCUUGGCUUUUUCAGUAUUUUUUGUGUGCGUAGCAUUCACAUCAAAUAUAAUAUGUCUGCUCUUCAUACCAAUACAAUGGCUGUUCUUUGCUGCCAGCACGUACGUGUGGGUACAGUAUGUCUGGCACACAGAGAGGGGUGUGUGUCUACCAACAGUAUCACUGUGGAUACUUUUUGUUUAUAUCGAAGCAGCAAUUAGAUUUAAAGAUUUAAAGAACUUCCACGUGGACCUUUGUCGUCCCUUCGCAGCACACUGCAUUGGUUACCCUGUCGUCAGUUUGGGCUUUGGCUUUAAAAGCUACGUCAGCUACAAAAUGCGUUUAAGAAAACAAAAAGAGGUGCAGAAGGAGAACGAGUUCUACAUGCAGCUCCUGCAGCAAGCGCUGCCCCCGGAGCAGCAGAUGCUGCAGCGGCAGGAGAGGGAGGCAGAGGAAGCCAAAGGAUUAUCUGAGAUGGAUUCCUCGAUACUUUUGCAGCACAAUGGAGGCAUUCCAGCCAAUAAAAAAUUAUCUGCAACGUUGCCAGAGCUAGAAUAUAGAGAAAAAGGGAAAGAAAAGGACAAGGAUGCUAAGAAACACAAUCUCGGAAUAAAUAACAACAUUUUGCAACCCGUAGACUCUAAAAUACAAGAAAUUGAAUAUAUGGAAAACCAUAUCAAUAGUAAAAGAUUGAACAACGAUCUCGUGGGAAGUACAGAAAACCUCUUAAAGGAGGACUCAUGCACUGCCUCAUCCAAAAAUUACAAGAACGUCAGUGGGGUUGUGAACUCCUCCCCACGCAGCCACAGUGCGACCAACGGGAGCAUCCCCUCAGCAGCCACGAAGAACGAGAAGAAGCAGAAGUGUCCGAGCAAGAGCCCCAGUGCACAUAAGGACUUAAUGGAGAAUUGUAUUCCCAAUAACCAGCUCAGCAAACCAGAUGCGUUGGUGAGGUUGGAACAAGACAUUAAAAAGUUAAAGGCUGACCUGCAAGCAAGCAGGCAGAUCGAGCAGGAGCUGCGUAGCCAGAUCAGUUCUUUGACCAACACAGAACGGGGAAUUCGGUCUGAGAUCGGGCAGCUCCGGCAGGAAAACGAGCUGCUCCAGAACAAAUUGCACAAUGCUGUACAAAUGAAACAGAAAGACAAGCAAAUGAUCAGCCAGCUGGAGAAGAAACUAAAGGCAGAGCAAGAGGCAAGAGCCUUUGUAGAAAAACAAUUAAUGGAAGAAAAGAAGAGAAAGAAGUUGGAAGAAGCGACUGCUGCACGUGCUGUUGCAUUUGCUGCUGCUACAAGAGGAGAAUGUACCGAAACUUUACGGAAUCGCAUCCGAGAGCUGGAGACAGAGUGCAAGAAGCUGAGCAUUGACAUCAAGCUGAAAGAAGAUCAGAUACGAGAACUAGAAAUGAAAGUUCAGGAACUGAGGAAGUACAAGGAAAACGAGAAGGAUACGGAGGUGUUGAUGUCAGCACUUUCAGCCAUGCAGGAUAAAACGCAGCACUUAGAGAACAGCCUGAGCGCAGAGACGCGGAUCAAGCUGGAUCUUUUCUCGGCGUUAGGAGACGCGAAACGGCAGCUUGAGAUCGCCCAAGGGCAAAUCAUUCAGAAAGAUCAGGAAAUCAAGGAGCUCAAACAGAAGAUUGCCGAAGUGAUGGCAGUAAUGCCCAGCAUCACCUACACCGCAGCCACCAGCACGCUCAGCCCCGUUUCCCCACAUUACUCUUCCAAAUUUGUGGAGACCAGCCCUUCUGGACUCGAUCCCAAUGCCUCUGUUUAUCAGCCCAUGAAGAAAUGAAUGCCAACUCUGGUUUUGCCCGGCGACGUCGCCGUGCUGAAGGCUUCACACAGGAGUGUCUCUUGCAGUCCAAGAUGAAAUUGUAUCGUGUGAGACUGUUAUUUGUUGUCAUUAAAACAGGAGAAAAAACAAACAAAAACCCAUCUGAUCGACUAGAACUGCCCAUCAGUUUUUCUUGUAAAUUUUUAGAAACCUCACAGAACUUUGCAAUUUAUUUUCCUUGGCCAAUGCAUUAAAAACGAUUCUUGGUUUUCAA